GUGGACCGGGUGGACAGGAGCGAGCCUUAUCUCAGAUGUGGGAUCUUCUCUUGGAAAAACCCGUGGGUCCAACCUUGGCUGCCCCCAAGUGUAGCUCCAGCUCUGUGAAGUCUCAAGAGUUGGCAGAGAGGACAGGGAUCAUGAAAAUGGACAUGGAGGACGCUGAUAUGACUCUGUGGACAGAGGCCGAGUUUGAGGAGAAGUGUACAUACAUAGUAAACGACCACCCAUGGGACUCCGGGGCCGACGGGGGGACUUCUGUUCAAGCAGAGGCAUCCUUACCAAGGAACCUGCUUUUCAAGUAUGCCACCAACAACAGCAAAGAGGUUAUUGGAGUGGUGAGCAAAGAGUACAUACCGAAGGGAACAAGGUUUGGACCCCUGGUAGGUGAGAUCUACACCAAUGACACAGUUCCCAAGAAUGCCAACAGGAAAUAUUUUUGGCGGAUCUAUUCGAAAGAGGAGUUCCACCACUUCAUUGAUGGCUUUAACGAGGAGAAAAGCAACUGGAUGCGCUACGUGAAUCCAGCUCACUCUGCCCGGGAGCAAAACCUGGCUGCCUGUCAGAACGGGAUGAACAUCUACUUCUACACCAUUAAGCCCAUCCCUGCCAACCAGGAACUUCUUGUGUGGUAUUGUCGGGACUUUGCAGAGAGGCUACACUACCCUUAUCCUGGAGAGCUCACAGCGAUGAAUCUCUCACAAACAGAAAGCAACCCAAAGCAAUACAGUAGUGAGAAAAAUGAACUUUACCCAAAGAAUGUCCCCAAGAGAGAGUACAGCGUGAAAGAAAUCCUAAAACUGGACUCCAAUCCCUCCAAAAGGAAGGACAUCUACCGUUCCAACAUUUCACCCCUCACUUCAGAAAAGGACAUGGAUGGCUUUCGGAAAAACGGGAGCCCUGACAUGCCCUUCUACCCUCGGGUUGUUUACCCCAUCCGGGCACCUCUGCCUGAAGACUUUUUGAAAGCGUCCCUGGCCUAUGGGAUGGAGAGGCCUACUUACAUUACUCACAGCCCCCUUCCGUCUUCCACAACUCCAAGCCCCCGGGCAAGCAGCAGUCCUGAGCAGAGCCUCAAGAGCUCCAGCCCCCAUGGCAGCCCAGGGAACACGGUGUCACCCUUGGCCCCAGGCCCCCCAGAACACCGGGACUCCUACUCCUACUUGAAUGCUUCCUAUGGCUCCGAGGGCCUGGGCUCCUACCCUGGCUAUGCACCUGCCCCUCCCCUCCCACCAGCCUUCAUCCCCUCUUACAAUGCUCACUACCCCAAGUUCCUGUUGCCACCCUACGGCAUAAAUUCCAAUGGCCUGAGCACCAUGAACAACAUCAAUGGCAUCAACAACUUCAGCCUCUUCCCCAGGUUGUAUCCUGUCUACAGUAACCUCCUUGGUGGGGGCAACCUGCCCCACCCCAUGCUCAAUCCAGCUUCUCUCCCCUCGGAGGGAGCCCGGAGGCUGCUUCCGCCAGAGCACCCCAGAGAGGUGCUUGUCCCGGCGCCCCACAGUGCCUUCUCCCUCACCGGGGCUGCAGCCAGCAUGAAGGACGAGAGUAGUCCCCCGAGCGGGUCUCCGACGGCGGGCACCGCGGCCACGUCAGAACACGUGGUACAACCCAAAGCUACCUCAGCAGUGAUGGCGGCCCCCAGCACUGACGGAGCCAUGAAUCUCAUAAAAAACAAAAGAAACAUGACUGGUUACAAGACCCUUCCCUACCCGCUGAAGAAGCAGAACGGCAAGAUCAAAUAUGAGUGUAAUGUCUGUGCCAAGACGUUUGGUCAGCUCUCCAACCUGAAGGUCCACCUGAGAGUACACAGUGGAGAGCGGCCUUUCAAAUGCCAGACCUGCAACAAGGGUUUUACUCAGCUCGCCCACCUGCAGAAGCACUACCUGGUACACACAGGAGAAAAGCCACACGAAUGCCAGGUCUGCCACAAGAGAUUCAGCAGCACAAGCAAUCUCAAGACCCACCUGCGACUGCACUCCGGAGAAAAACCUUACCAGUGUAAGGUGUGCCCUGCCAAGUUUACUCAGUUUGUGCACCUGAAGCUACACAAGCGACUGCACACCCGGGAGCGGCCCCACAAGUGUGCCCAGUGCCACAAGAGCUACAUCCAUCUCUGCAGCCUCAAGGUCCACCUGAAGGGCAGCUGUCCCGUGGCCCCGGCUGUCGGGCUGCCUCUGGAGGAUCUGACCCGAAUCAAUGAAGAAAUUGAGAAGUUUGACAUCAGUGACAACGCUGACCGCCUUGAGGAGAUGGAGGACAAUAUCGAUGUGACCUCGAUGGUGGAGAAGGAGAUCCUGGCCGUGGUCAGAAAAGAGAAAGAAGAAUCUGGUCUGAAAGCGUCUUUGCAAAGAAACAUGGGGAACGGAGCCCUUUCCUCAGGGUGUAGCCUCUAUGAGUCAUCAGACCUGUCCCUCAUGAAGUUGCCUCAGAGCAAUCCACUACCUCUGGUACCUGUAAAGGUCAAACAAGAAACAGUUGAACCGAUGGAUCCUUAAGAUUUUCAGAAAAUGAGUGUUUUGUCUUGCUUCUUAGGUUAUGGCUGGUGAGUCAGGGUGCCAGGAGCAAAUUGCUUGUACACGAUUCCAGAUGGGCAAAGCUCUCGUGGCGGCAGGUGGUUCCCUGCACCUCUCUGGAAUUAAAGAAGGACUUUAAUGUUACCAAAAUCUCAGGGCAUAAAUGAGGCAAAGACUCACUAUAUAUACAUAUAUACAUAUAUAUAUAUAUAUAUAUAUACAUAUACUUAUUUACAGCCAUGUCUAUAUAUUUGAACCUGUGUAUUUUGAAUAUUUGUGUGGAUAUGUUUGCAUAGCCUUCCUAUUACUAAAACUAUUGCCUAGCCAUAAUUAUUUUUUCAAUGAUAAUCCUUCAUAAUUUAUUAUACAGUUUAUCUUUCAAAAAGCAAUAAUUAAAGAAGUUUACAAUGACUGGAAAGAUUCUUUGUAAUUUGAGUAUAAAUGUUGUAUUCGUGUCUUGUGGCUAUCCUUUGUAGAUAACUUCUGCACAUAUGUGUUUAAAUACCUGAGACUUAGUAGACAGCUAUGUGAUUUCAGUCAACCUUUCUCUAUAUAAUAAUGCUUUAAAAUAAUGUUUUGCUAUUGCCAAAGUCAUAUGGUUGGUGUGUUAACUCAGAAGAUCAUAUCAUUUGAACAACCUUGUAUAAGUUGGGAUAUGUGUGCAGAAUUACUCAGCAAUAAUUUGAGGGGAAGAAAUAUGAAAAGAAAUGUUUUAUGUUUCUGAUGGUAGGGUUUUUUUCCCCCCCUCCUAGUCACAAUUUUACCAAAAUGGUGACAGGAAGGCCUUUGAUAACCUGUCCCUCCAAAAACAUAGGAUCUUCUUAUCUGCAAUUCUGAGUGGCCAUAUGACUUUGGCAUCCCUGUGUGUUAUCUGAAAAUGUGAAGAAGAUAAAAAUGCCAUGUUCAAGCCAUCGAGGAUCUGUCUUAAAGCACAGAUGGUUUUGUGUGUGUGAGGGUUGGGAGCUUGAGUCUGGGCGCCAUUUUGUUGUUGGCUUGUUUUUGUUUUUAAUGUCAAAAUUGCACAAAGGCGGUGCCCUACCGAGAAGGAUUUGAUGUAGAAAGGCUCAGGCCACACUUAAAAUACAAACAGACAAACAAACAAAAAAAAAAAAAAAAAAAAACAGAAAAAAUAGAACUAAAAAACGGGUAUUCUUGUCAUCUUAGGUUAAGCGGGUAACAGACAUUCCUAUCCCCAACACAUUAAUUGUAUUGUAUCUGUAAAUCUCAGCUUUUCUCAGUAUUUGUGUCUUUGCAUUUUAUAAUUAAUUUAAUUGAAUAUGAAAGGGCAUUGCAAAGUCGUUCGACAACAAUUACCUCAUUGAGUGUAUCCAGCAGGAGUGCAGGAAGUGAUGUCUUAGUUCAUGACUUGCUACUCAGCUGAGCAUGUAUGCUCCCAAAUGGCAGGCUGGGUUGUUCCGUCUUGUAUUCUCCAAAGCCCAAAGGUUACCUGUUGGUGUUCAAGGUGUAACAAAGAAUGAUGUAUAUUUAUGAACCUAUUUAUACCACUAUACCUUGUGUAUAUAUAAUAUAUUUAUAACCGCUUAAAUUGUGAGCCAAGCCAUGUAAAAGAACCUACUUUUCCUAAGAGCAAAAUGAACCUCUCUCUGAGGCUUUGCUUAAAACUCCAUGACCUCACCAUCAUGUUGGUGCUUGGGCACUGACCUGCCUACUACCAGAGACCAGAGCACUUGAGUGCAGAGGUAAGGGCCAUGUAGCAGCUAAGGAGGAAAAGAAAUGUCACACCAUCCUGUCUGAUUUGAUUGUUUUUGCUACAUUUAUGUCAGCUGGGUCACAGAAAUAAAAGUCCUUUUUCCAUCUCUGCUAUACUUGCUUUAUCUUCCUAUUUCAGAACAUUGUCACAUGCCCAUUCCCCAGUCUGAUGUUUAGUUUGGUGUCUUGUAUAUAUCAGCUUACAAAGAGAAAAACUUCACAUCAUCCAGGGAAACCCAAGAGCCUUACUGACCUGUUGCUGUGACUGACAAGAUGGGUUCUCUGCCUACAAGGACCAAAACCAGAGCUUCCACUCGUGCUAGCUAGCAAGCUCUCACUGAGCUGCAGCCCAACUCAAGACUGACAUUUCUGGAUGCAUCUGUGUGUGAGAAAGAUAUUCCCUAACUGUAGGUAAACCAAAGCAUGACGUGACAUUGACACCAAAAAAACGUUUUCUCUCCAGUGAACUUAGGUUGUUACUCCUGUUCUCUUCUUGUUGUUUUAUUUUGUUUUUGUUUGUUUUGAGAAGGUUUUUUACAAAGACUAAUUGCUUUUCUUGCCAUCUGUCAUCCUCUUAGGCCUCUUAUAUGUGAGUGCUCAGCCCACAAUUAACAGUGGUUUUUUUUGUUUUGUUUUUUCCCCCUCAGAGUUAAAACUGACCAAAGUUAUUGGCUUUUUAUUUUGCUAGAACAACAAAACUAUCUUAUGUUUACGUAUUGGUUUACAUUGUU